GGGAGGAGCAGGCACGACCGGGCAGGCCAGCCCGCCAGGCUGCCAGCACCAAGCAAUCCUGGAGAGCUGUACAAAGUGGCCGCACGCGGGGCAGGGGACAGGCUGGGCCAGACAUGCCAGUGGCCAGCCGGCCCCAUGUCCCCUCGCCCACCCCAAGGGCUGUGCCCACUGGCUGGGGAGGACCUGGCUGCUUCCUUCCUGAGUGAUACCAGCCUCCGAGGACACAUGCCUUCCCCGGAGCCAUCCCUGGGGAGAGGAGGACCUGCCACUCCCCCCUGGACCAGGUGCCAUGAGGUGAGCACCAGGCCUGCUGAGCCUUCCAGAGUCGCCAGCCAUGCCCGGGAUUGUGGUGUUCCGGCGGCGCUGGUCUGUGGGCAGCGAUGACCUCGUCCUGCCAGCCAUCUUCCUCUUCCUCCUGCACACCACCUGGUUUGUGAUCCUGUCCGUGGUGCUCUUCGGCCUGGUCUACAGCCCGCACGAGGCCUGCUCCCUGAACCUGGUGGACCACGGCCGCGGCUACCUGGGCAUCCUGCUGAGCUGCAUGAUCGCCGAGAUGGCCAUCAUCUGGCUGAGCAUGCGUGGGGGCAUCCUCUACACAGAGCCCCGGGACUCCAUGCAGUACGUGCUCUACGUGCGCCUGGCCAUCCUGGUGAUCGAGUUCAUCUAUGCCAUCGUGGGCAUCGUGUGGCUCACCCAGUACUACACCUCCUGCAAUGACCUCACUGCCAAGAACGUCACCCUUGGGAUGGUCGUCUGCAACUGGGUGGUCAUCCUCAGCGUGUGCAUCACCGUGCUCUGCGUCUUCGACCCUACGGGCCGCACCUUCGUCAAGCUGAGGGCCACCAAGAGGAGGCAGCGCAACCUGCGGACCUACAACCUGCGGCACCGCCUAGAAGAGGGCCAGGCCACCAGCUGGUCCCGGCGGCUCAAAGUGUUCCUGUGCUGCACCCGCACCAAGGACUCACAGUCCGAUGCCUACUCGGAAAUUGCCUACCUCUUCGCCGAGUUUUUCCGAGACCUGGACAUCGUGCCCUCCGACAUCAUUGCGGGCCUGGUGCUGCUACGCCAGCGGCAGCGGGCCAAGCGCAACGCGGUGCUGGAUGAGGCCAACAACGACAUCCUGGCCUUUCUGUCCGGGAUGCCCGUGACCAGAAACACCAAGUACCUCGACCUUAAGAACUCGCACGAGAUGCAGCGGUACAAGGAGGUCUGCUACUACAUGCUGUUCGCCCUGGCGGCCUAUGGCUGGCCCAUGUACCUGAUGCGUAAGCCCGCCUGUGGCCUCUGCCAGCUGGCCCGCUCCUGCUCCUGCUGCCUGUGCCCCACACGGCCCCGGUUUGCCCCUGGUGUCACCAUCGAGGAGGACAACUGCUGUGGUUGCAACGCCAUCGCCAUCCGGCGCCACUUCCUGGACGAGAACAUGACAGCGGUGGACAUUGUCUACACCUCCUGCCAUGACGCGGUGUACGAGACCCCCUUCUACGUGGCUGUGGACCACGACAAGAAGAAAGUGGUGAUCAGCAUCCGGGGAACGCUGUCCCCCAAGGAUGCCCUGACAGACCUGACGGGCGAUGCCGAGCGCCUCCCUGUGGAGGGCCACCAUGGCACCUGGCUGGGCCACAAGGGCAUGGUGCUGUCUGCCGAGUACAUCAAGAAGAAGCUAGAGCAGGAGAUGGUCUUGUCGCAGGCCUUUGGGCGAGACCUGGGCCGCGGAACCAAGCACUACGGCCUGAUCGUGGUGGGCCACUCACUGGGCGCGGGCACGGCCGCAAUCCUGUCCUUCCUCCUGCGCCCGCAGUACCCAACCCUCAAGUGCUUUGCCUACUCGCCCCCCGGGGGCCUCCUGAGCGAGGAUGCGAUGGAGUACUCCAAAGAGUUCGUGACAGCCGUGGUUCUGGGCAAGGACCUGGUUCCCAGGAUCGGCCUGUCACAGCUGGAAGGCUUCCGCAGGCAGCUAUUGGACGUCCUGCAGCGCAGCACCAAGCCCAAGUGGCGGAUCAUCGUGGGGGCCACCAAGUGCAUCCCCAAAUCGGAGCUGCCCGAGGAAGUGGAGGUGACCACGCUGGCCAGCACCCGGCUCUGGACCCACCCCAGUGACCUGACCAUCGCCCUGUCUGCCAGCACCCCGCUCUACCCGCCGGGCCGCAUCAUCCACGUGGUGCACAACCACCCCGCGGAGCACAGCUGCUGCUGUGAGCAGGAGGAGCCCACAUACUUCGCCAUCUGGGGCGACAACAAGGCCUUCAACGAGGUCAUCAUCUCGCCGGCCAUGCUGCAUGAGCACUUGCCCUACGUGGUCAUGGAAGGGCUCAACAAGGUGCUGGAGAACUACAACAAGGGGAAGACAGCACUGCUCUCCGCGGCCAAGAUCAUGGUGAGCCCCACCGAGGUGGACCUGACACCCGAGCUCAUCUUCCAGCAGCAGCCGCUGCCCACCGGGCCCCCACUGCCCACCGGGCUGGCGCUGGAGCUGCCACCCACAGAGCAGCGCAACAGUAGCGUUAGGAGCAAGUCCCAGUCCGUGAUGAGCCUGGAGGGCUUCUCCGAGGGCCGGCUACUGUCCCCCGUGGCGGCGGCAGCCCCCCAGGACCCCGUGGAGCUGCUGCUACUGUCCACGCAGGAGCGGCUCGCGGCUGAGCUGCAGGCCCGGCGGGCGCCGCUGGCCACCAUGGAGAGCCUGUCGGACACCGAGUCCCUGUACAGCUUUGACUCACGCCGCUCUUCCGGCUUCCGCAGCAUCCGGGGCUCUCCCAGCCUGCACGCCGUGCUGGAGCGCGAUGAGGGCCACCUGUUCUACAUCGACCCCGCCAUCCCCGAGGAGAACCCGUCCCUGAGCUCACGCACCGAGCUGCUGGCCGCGGACAGCCUGUCCAAGCACUCGCAGGACACACAGCCCCUGGAGGCCACCCCGGGCAGGGGCAGUGCCACCCCAGAGCGGCCUGCAAGCGUGGCCCACACUGAGGAGGAGGCAGUGGUGGCCGGGGACAGGGCUGGCGCGGCCUGCGGAGACCUGGCCCUGCACAGUGGUCGCCUGGGGGAGUCGCCCAGCCCGCAGGUGCUGGAGUUUGCCGAGUUCAUCGACAGCCUCUUCAACCUGGACAGCAAGAGCAGCUCCUUCCAGGACCUGUACUGCAUGGUGGCACCCGAGAGCCCCACCAGCGACUACACCGAGGGUCCCCGCUCACCCAGCCAGCAGGAGAUCCUGCUCCGCGCCCAGUUCGAGCCCAACCUGGUGCCCAAGCCCCCGCGGCUGUUUGCUGGCUCAGCGGAGCCGUCUUCAGGCAUCUCCCUGUCCCCGUCCUUCCCGCUGAGCUCCUCGGGCGAGCUCAUGGACCUCACGCCCACGGCCCUCAGCAGCCAGGAGUGCCUGGCAGCUGACAAGGCCCGGACCUCCACGCCCGCUGGGCGCGGGGAUGACCUGGUCAUCCCGGCACGCUAGCUGGCACUGUGCGCUACUGCCAGGGGCUGGGUGCCUCAGGAUGGGGCACUGCUGUGAGCCCGGGGUCCGCAUCCCUACCUCAGCCUAGGACCCCCUGAGCCAGGCGGCUGGGACCUGGCCCUGUGAAGUGGGUGGUCCUGCUCGUCAGAGGGGCACCCCGCUCCCCUGUUGCAGGGCAGCUGUGGGCAGCCGGCCCCUACCGCCACCCUCUGGCUGCUGUCCCCCUGGCCCACACUGGCAUCUGCCCUGCCACCCCCAGCUCUGGUGCCUGCUGCCCAGCCCCCUGGGGUGGCCUCGCCAAGGUGACCGCAGGGCUCUGUUUACAGAAGCUGCCUGGCCUGGCCCGCACCACACCUAGAGUGCUCAGGUGAGGAGCCGGGGGCCAGGCAGGGCCACCCAGCUCUGCCCCUCCUACUGCGGUCCUGGGCACCCAACCUGCCCCACCUGCCUGCUGUUUCCUGGCCUCCCUUCUACCCCCAAGGACCAUGGCCACUCAAAGGGCAGUGGGCGCUGCUGGGACCAGCCCUGGAUCCAGAGUCAGCGCCCGGGAGGAGGACAGGGCACCCAAGCCAGCUUCCCCAGCCGGCUUCCUGGCCACUCACCUCCUCCCAGCGGGCCCUGCAGCCAGGGCCUGGGAUCUGAAGCCAAAUGCACCUCUUCCCCUGCCCUUGCUGGCCAGGGCUCCCUCAAGGGAGCCAGACACCCCCUGCCCUCCUGGCAGGAAGUGGGUCUCGGGCUGCAGACCCUGUGCCCGGCCCAGGGGCGGGUCCUCCCCUGCGGGGCAGGGGCAGGGGCAGGGGCGGGCAUGUAUGCAUGUGCGUGGGCUUGCGCCUUUCCUGAGGAACCCGUGCCCUGCCUGAGGCCGCCCUUUCCAGCCCAAGAAACAGGCGGGAGCAGGGGGGCGGGGGGAGGCCAUCCUGGAGCAUGGCCCCCCCUGCCUGUCCCUCCCACCCCUCCCAGGCGGCCCCAGUCCCUGACCCAGACCAGUCCCACCCUCGUUGGUACCUGGGCCUGGACGCCUCUGCCCCCCAUGCUGGGACGGCGCUCGGCCCCACCUGACACUGGUCUGAGACCUGACAUGGGAGCUGGGUCUCCUUCUCUGUGACUCCCGCCCUCCCAACACCAGGCCACCCACCCCAAGCAAGACAAAGUCAGUGGCUCCUAGGACCCAAAACACUAGACAAGCCCUAAUCACACGGAAGCUCCCACAAGCACCCGGCCAGCUGCCAAGGGCCCUGGUGCCAGGGUGGUGGGCGCCCAGGCCUGAGCUGGGAUCAGGGACAGGACAGACCCCCAGGCUACAGCCGCACCAUGUCCCAGACUGGGCCAGGGCAGGCCUGGCCAUGGUUCGGUCACCAGGGUCCCCGCUACCCUGAGGAUGGGCCGCUGUAUGUCCCCGUCCAUGGAGGGGCCUGAGCCUCCCUCAGCCCGGGGCUCAGACGGCCCCAACCCGCAGCACAAGCUCUCCGGCCCGGCCACCUCUGGAUGUAGCCGUGGCAUGGCCAGCCGACUCCUCCUGCACUCUGCGUGCCAUUCCCGUGACUUUUUGUACCUAAUGUAUGAAAGAUCCACAUAAUACUGCUGUACAGAGGAGAGAUUAAUAUAGCUUAUCUAUAAAUAUACCUGUACAUACCGUUUCUGUACAUUGUAUAGAUCUGUGUAUAAAUGGAUGUGGGACCACA